AUGGCUUCGUUGACACCUGACCCCUCCAAGUACAACACUCCAACAGCUGCGGACUACUAUUGCUUGCGGGACCUGUACGACUUCUACAAGGCUAAUGGCAUCAGGCCUAUCGUCGUAGACGCCGACGACUACAUGACUGGUGGAGCCUUUGUACGACAUCUGUGCAGCAAGAGACCUGGACUGCAUCCUGAGCUCGCUGUAAUCUCCUGGCCCAAGACCACUGAGAAAGAGCAACGAGAGACGAACCCACAUCUUGUGGUGAUCCACAACAUUCUCAACUCGAAAAGUCUGGUCCCUGAGCGUGCUUCGAAGGACAUCAAUCUACCAGCAGAGUUCGGCGAGAAGGGAGCUGAUUUCUUCGAUAAAGUAUCUUCGCGAGCGGCGACUGCAGAAGUAAGUAGCCCAUGCAAAACAGCUAAGCUCACAACACAACUUCAGAAGCGCGGGUUUUGA